AUGCUAAUAUCUCAGCCUAUGAUUAUGUUAAAACAACGACCUUCUUGGUUAUUAUCAACAGAACGAUUCUGUUGUUUUUUAGCCUCAUUAUUUCCUAAAGUAUUCUUUACGUCAUUAUCAUUAUGGUCACUUUAUGUGUUAAUCUUUGUCGUAAAUGAAGAAUAUAUCAAUCAAGAAUAUCAUAAACCCACCUUAGCUAUAAUCAGUAGUAUCUUUGGAGUACUUCUAUGUGCUUUAUCUGUAUAUACUUAUUAUAAGGUUAUAUGGAUUGGUGCUGGAUCGCCGUUGGAUUUUGAUAUGCUUCACCUUUCAAAUCCAUCACCUCAAUAUUUAUCAUCAAAUCCAUUUGAUGUGGUUCCACCAGAAUCAUCCCAACCAUUACUAGAUAAUGAUGAUAUUGAAAAUCAUCAUAAUAAUAGACAGAAUGAUAUUUUCCCUCCCGAACCUCCAUCUCAAUACAUAUCAUUCCAUACAUUUUCAAGUUCAAAACCAGUAAGAUAUUGUAAUAAAUGUCAAGUUUGGAAACCAGAUAGAACUCAUCAUUGCUCCAGUAGUAAUAAAUGUAUCUUAAGAAUGGAUCAUUACUGUCCUUGGUUUUCUACUUGUAUUGGAUUUAGGAAUCAAAAAUUCUUUAUUCAAUUCUUAGGUUAUCUUGCCACUUAUUCAUUUUAUUUAUUCAUUCUGUCAUUUGCUGUAUUAUAUGUGUUUUUCAUAGAAGAACAAUAUACUAAUGGAUUCAUAUCAGUUAGUUUAAUUAUUUUAUUUGUCCUUAGUCUUUCAUUCUCCCUUGCCUUGGGUGUAUUCUUUUUAUUUUCCGUAUAUUUAUUAUUACAAAAUUUAACUACCAUUGAAUUCCAAGAUCAAAGAUGGGCUAAACAUGAAAGUAAUAGUUUCUUAUAUGAAUUUGAUCCCAGAGGUAAGAAACAGAAAUUAGGUCAUAUUUAUGAUUUAGGUUAUAAGAAGAAUUGGACCAGUAUAAUGGGAGAUAAUUGGGUUCAUUGGAUAUUACCUAUCGCAUCAACAUCAAAUUCAAUUACGGAUAAAUAUAAUAAUGGAGUUAAUUUUGAAAUUGAUGAACCAGUUUAUGAAAAAUGGACAAAGAAUUUACAAUUACAAGAACAAUUAAAUCAACAAUUGGCUGAUUAUAAGAAUAGAUUAAGAACGGAACGGGAAGCAGGUAAUAUAGUAUGA